CCGUUCCAGAAUAAGUAUAGGUCUUUUCAUCUCUCGUACGUUCCUCUUAUAAGGCACUGCGGUCUUUUCAAACGUUUAUCGCUGUUACUCACAUUUCUCCCACCCUCCCACUUCUUUCUAUCCCACCAUGGCUCUCAAAUUCCACUCCGUAGAGGAGAUCACCAAGAUUCACACCAGGUUGACGGAGACCUUCCAAUCAGGAGUCACUGUCCCGCUUGCCUACCGUCGUAAACAAUUAUUGCAGCUUGCCCGCCUCGUCCAGGAAAAUGCUGAGGCUAUCAUGGGAUCCCUGAAAGCCGAUUUGGGACGGCACAGACUGGAGGCCGCCUUGCCAGAAGUCGGUCCUAUGGUCGCUGGUGCUCUUCUCUCUGCCCAAAAACUCGAGGAAUGGACGAAACCUGAGAAACCCGAGGUCGAGGAAUGGCGUAGCUCUUGGGAUACGACCAUCUACAAAGCUCCCAAGGGAGUUGUCGUUAACAUCACCCCCUGGAAUUACCCCUGGGUCAUUUCGAUAUUGCCCCUCGCUGGUGCCAUCGCCGCCGGCUGCACAUGCGUGAUCAAACCAUCAGAGCAUUCUCCCAACGUCUCCCAAUUAAUGGCUGACCUCGUUGCUCGCUACCUCGACCCAAACGCCUAUGCCGUCAUCUUGGGUGCUAUUCCCGAGACAACCCACAUCCUCUCCCUCAAAUGGGACCACAUCUUCUACACCGGUAGCACGUCUGUCGGUCGUGUUGUGGCCGCCGCUGCUGCCAAGAACAUCACCCCUGUCACGCUUGAGCUUGGUGGAAAAUCACCUGUCGUUGUCGAUGGUGACAACACGGACCUCGAAAUUGCCGCAAAGCGAAUUUUGUGGGGUAAGCAGCAGAAUGCUGGUCAGAUUUGCGUUGCUCCCGAUCACAUUUAUGUUGCGCGUAAGCACCAGGAUGCUCUCGUUGCAGCAUUCAAGAAAGUCUACGCAGACUUCUGGCCCCACUCUAAGGGUGCUCUCGACUCCGCCUCUGAGAUCAGUCACAUGGUGAACGACAGCCACUACAAGCGUAUCCAAGGGCUUCUCAGCAACACCAAGGGCAGCAUCGCCGUCGGUGGUGGAUCGACAGGAGAAAUUUUGAGAAUCGAGCCUACCAUCGUGAAGGAUGUAGGUCUCCAGGACCCCCUGAUGGGAGAGGAGAUCUUCGGUCCCGUUCUUCCUAUUGUCCCUGUUGAGGAUAUCGAGGAGGCUAUUACUCUUAUCCAACGAGGCCCUACUCCUUUGGUACUUUACGUCUUCACCGACAGCGAGGUCACCAAGCACAAGUUCGUCCACAGGACCCAGAGCGGUCAACUCAUUCUCAACGACACUUUCGCUCAACUCGGUGUUUAUGAAAUACCAUUCGGUGGACAGGGUGACUCGGGCUACGGCUCUUACCUCGGGAAGCAUUCCUUCGACGCUUUCACCCAACGCCGAGGAUUUAUCAACGUUCCUCUUGCGGCUGAGCCUUACAUGGCUUUCCGAUACCCACCUUAUACGGAGGAGGCGUUCCAAGCGCUUACUCUGCAGGCUCAAAUGAAGAUCCCAGAGGCCUAAAAUCUAAGCGCACUCUUCCCCACUGCCGACGGUUCAGUGAUACCCUCUAUGAUGUGACGAAAUAGGAAAUAUUAAGGAAUGGGUUGUUUGUAUAUGGUGCCAGAAGUAAAAUAUCAUACUGUGUUUGUUUGUACCAGAAUAUGCGUUAAACGAUUGGAUGAAAAUGCGCCAGCUUGAUUUGAUUAUCGCGUU